UAUUCGAACUCUAAUCAAGGUCGGAUUAUGGUUUCGUUGAUAACAUUAACACUCAACAGAUUCUAUUUCCAUGUUAGUUCAGUGACGGUGUUCGUGUCGUACGAAAAGAAUGGCGCUAAUAUCCGGGAGGCUUUGCCAAGUUCUCGCGGUUAUUACAGGCACGCUGACGGUGAUAUCAGAUGGAAUGCAUUACGGGUGGUCGUCGCCGAUAGUGCCUCUCUUACAGUCGCCCCAAUCUCCAAUACCCAUAAGUGAAUCAGACGUGCUUUGGCUGGAGAAUUGCCUAAUGUUCGGCGGGAUAGCAGGAUUGUUCCUAACGAUGUACCUUUUGGAUAAGGUGGGUCGGAAAAGAACAAUGUUGAUAGCGGCAGUGGAAAAUUUAAUCGCCUGGGUUUUAAUCGCGACAGCUACAACACCGGAGGUGCUGCUUGUGGCACGGUUCAUAUCUGGUAUCGCAGCCGAUGUCAAUUUUGUGGCCGCACCAGUUUACAUCGCCGAAAUCGCCGAUAAGGAAAUACGUGGCCGAUUAAGUUCGCUAAUAAACAUUUUUUCUCUACUUGGAGUUGUCCUGAUAUACUCUGUUGGACCAUUCGUAUCCAUAACGAUAUCAAGCGCCAUAGGAAUGGGUUUCCUGGUCACUGAGCUUCUCACGUUUUCGUCCAUGCCGGAAAGUCCCCAUUAUCUCUUAGUACGACAGAAACCUGAAGCCGCUAGGGAAUCGCUAAAGGUACUUCGAAAUGUGGACGUCGACGAUGAGCUGAGAGAACUGACGGAAGUAGUCGAAAGGGAAAAUGCUUGUAGGGGGCGACCUUUCGAUUUAAUCAAAGUGAAGAGUUAUCGAAAGGCGAUUUUAAUCAUGACUGUUUUAAACUUUGGACAACAUUUUACGGGUCUCAGCGUUAUGAUAAUGAACUUACACAUAAUUUUGGAAGAAGCUGGCUCAAGUAUCAAAACCAACACUGCGGCGAUCGAAUUUUCUCUUCUAAUGGUGGCAGCUUGUAUAAUUACGAUGUUCCUUAUCGAUUUACUUGGACGAAGAGUACUCCUAACCACCUCCAGCGUUCUCACCGGAAUCUCGCUGCUUGUUCUAGGUGUUUACUUUGCAAUAAAAAAUGCAGGUGGCAAUACCAGAGACUACACCUGGAUACCUGUAGCAUCUUUAAUGGUAUACGCCAUUGUUCAUAAAAUCGGUCUGGGGUCUAUACCAAUUGUGGUCACUGCCGAGCUGUUUCCUACCAACAUUAAAGCUGUCGGCUGCACAGUAGCCGAUUCGAUUUACGUAAUUGCGAGCGCCUCUUCAAUUUUCGUCUUUCACUACAUGCUUCGCCAAUUCGGUAUGCACGCGCCAAUAUUUCUGUUCGCCGCCUGCUCGAUAUUGGUCGGUUUAUUUGUUAUAUUCUUUCUGCCUGAAACGAAGGGCAAAACUUUAGAGCAAAUUCAACAGAUGCUGAAAGGUGAAAGUGACGCAAAUUCGGAAACUACAAAGUUGCUAUCGCCAGUUGGAGAAACAGACGAAGAUUACGGUGCUGUGAUUAACACGCAGGCAGGGCCUUAGUGUAAAAAUGUGAUAUAUAUCAUAGUUUUAAAUGUAUAAUAUGUAAAUAAUUGGUUUUAAAGUAAUUUUAUAUUUUUACGGAUUGAUGUACUGCAACGAGUUGUUUUGCUUACCAAUUCUAAAACAAGUAUUAAACAUUUACCUAUCCAA